AAGUCACGUUGCCCCACGGCGUGAAAGCGACCAAUAGUCGAAGAGGCACGUAAACCCAUUGCUAUAAAGUCUGCUGUGAGCUGAGGCGUCUUCAUUCAUCAGCAAACCGAGAAGUGGAUACUGCGCUGCCGUUUGAUUUUACUGGCACUUACUAUUACAUUGGACAAUGCUGCGAGUUAGGUGUCUGAGAGGAGGUAGCAGGGGGGCCGAGGCUGCCCAUCUGAUCGGAGCCAUGCUUGGCCGGGCGGUGACUGGAUGGGUGCAGAGGGCUUUCCAGAGCACCUCUGUUGCAGCAGCUGCACAGCCACGCCAUGCAGCUGAACAUGUUACUGAGCCCGAACAGCAGGAAUGUCCUGUCUGUAGCUACAAUGAAUGGGACCCUCUAGAGGAGGUGAUCGUAGGUCGCGCUGAAAACGCCCAUGUGCCUGCCUUCACUGUGGAAGUGAAAGCUAACACAUAUGAGAAGUACUGGCCCUUUUACCAAAAGUAUGGGGGCCAGUCUUUUCCUGCGGAACACUUGAAGAAAGCUGUUGCUGAGAUUGAGGAAAUGUGCAAUAUUCUGCGCCACGAGGGCGUCAAUGUAAGGAGACCAGAACCCAUCGACUGGUCCCUGGAAUACAAAACACCAGACUUCACAUCAUCAGGCAUGUAUGCUGCCAUGCCCAGAGACAUCCUUCUGGUUGUCGGGAAUGAGAUUAUUGAGGCUCCUAUGGCCUGGAGGGCUCGCUUCUUUGAAUACCGAGCCUACAGGCCUUUGAUCAAGGAGUACUUCAGAAACGGUGCCAAAUGGACCACUGCUCCUAAACCCACUAUGGCCGAUGAGCUGUAUGAUCAGGACUACCCCAUCCGCACAGUGGAGGACAGACACAAGCUGGCAGCCGAGGGGAAGUUUGUGACCACAGAGCAUGAGCCCUGCUUCGAUGCUGCUGACUUCAUUCGAGCUGGGAGGGACCUUUUUGUCCAGAGGAGUCAGGUUACAAAUUACAUGGGAAUUGAGUGGAUGCGCCGCCAUCUGGCUCCAGACUACAAGGUCCACAUCAUCUCAUUCAAGGAUCCUAACCCCAUGCACAUUGAUGCCACUUUUAACAUCAUUGGACCAGGACUGGUGCUGUCAAACCCUGAUCGUCCAUGUCGCCAGAUCGAUAUGUUCAAAAAGGCUGGUUGGACGAUUGUGAAACCUCCGACACCUCUGAUUCCUGAUGAUCACCCACUGUGGAUGUCUUCCAAAUGGCUGUCCAUGAACGUUCUGAUGUUGGGUGAGAAGCGUGUUAUGGUUGAUGCCAAUGAAAGCACCAUUCAGAAAAUGUUUGAGAACCUUGGUAUCAAGACCAUAAAGGUGAAUAUUCGCCAUGCCAACUCCUUGGGUGGUGGCUUCCACUGCUGGACAACCGAUGUCCGCCGCCGUGGUACCCUGGAGUCCUACUUCCACUAGCCUUGCCAGAAAUAGGCAGUUUUUAUUGAGCUUUAAAGAUUAAAGCCUCAGACCGGAAUCUUAAUUCCACUUUGAAUAUAGAAUCUUUACUGACAGUUAAUCGUGUAUGUACACACUAAUCACAAAUGUACUUUUGGCCAAUUUCUUAAAAAGUGUUAGUUUGUUUGGGUGUCACCUGCUGCAACUCAAAAGUCAAAGCAGUGAACAGUAAAUUGCUCAAACAUGUAUGAAUCACACUAAUACUACGGCAAUCGUAUUAUGAUAGCACCAAAGUCAAUUUCUGAAAUGUAUUGAUGAUUGAUGUCCUAAAUGAACAUGCAUGGAUUGUUUUGACUUGACAUUGCUGGCCAUCACCACAGUGCCUUUGCAAACAGCUUUAUUCAGAUAUUUACAGUAUAUGCUCAAAAGCAACAAGUGAACAUAACUUUACUUCAAUCAGUAAUCUCAAUAUUAACUGCAUUUCUGGCCUGGCUAUUGUGAAGCUGAAUUGUUUAUGGCUCAUACAUCUAAAAGUCUUAACUUUGAGGACAAGGUACAAUUUGGUAUGUGAAAGUCAUUAGACAAGGAAGAGAGAAGCUACCUCCUUGUGGAAACGUCAGACACCAUAAUUCUAGCUUUUUCCAAAGUAUUUUUUUAUUUAAAGGAAUGUAUAAAAGUUGUUAAGUAUGUCAUUAUUAAACUAUAAAUUUGUUAUCGCUAGUAUAUUAUUUUGUAAAGAUUUUAAUUGAUUGAACAGACACAGUUCUAUUUAUAUUUUUCAUACUCUUUAUUGGAUUUCCCAACAAUUAGUGUAUGAAUAUAUUUA